CAAUGUCAGGCAUUGCUCGGCCGUAGCGUCAAGAUGAUGGACCUGGGAUCGUGGAGCGACUUCGCCUUGCGGACUUUGGUGGCCAUCAGCCCAUCGCCUCAGUGGGCGCAUCGACAAGUAGAGCCAUAUCUGGGCCUACCGUUUGGUCCAUAUCUCCGCGCAGUGCCCCCGACCCGACCGCGCAGGUUGACCGAGCCUCUAAGACCUGCCGAAGAUAGCUACUGGCAUAAAUUGCAGGUUUUCUCAUACCUGGAGGCUGAGCAGCGCACCGACGACCAACAAGACUCAAGCUUUCUCGCGAGAUUGCCCUAUGAUGUAAGAAUCAUCAUUUAUGAGAUGGUCCUCGGCGGCAAGGUGUUUCACUGCUCUGCACAGAAUCAGAAGAGUCCUAUCAACCACUACGUGUGUAACCGCCCUGAUCGUAUCGAUGCCGAAGGUGCUCGGCACAAAUGCUCAAAUGAUGUAUAUCGACAGCCUUCGCCAGCAGGCGAUGAUGGAGCGCGUUCCCAUACUGGGCUGCUGGCUCUGCUUUUGACCUGCCGCAAGAUCUACUCAGAGGCUAUUGGAACACUGUAUAGCAGCAAUACAUUCGUGUUCAGUCAAAACUUCGCGGCAUUCAGCUUCCUGAAAUGCAUGAUUCCCAGAGGACGACUAUCGUGCAUCCGCAGUUUUCGCUUACAUCUGCGCAUCCCGCGGCACCCAGACUUGAACAGCAGAACACACCAAGACUGGGUCCAGCUCUGGCACUUCUUUGGCUCGGAGAUGACGGGCCUCCAGGUGUUGCACCUUGAGUUGCAGAUGUUACAACCCACGGAGGCCCAAAUCGAAGCAAUGGACGACCAUGAGGCAGGGAGCUGGAUCGAGCCCAUGGUCACAAUGGCGCUCGAUGCACACCAUGAACGUGGCUGCAGAGUCGAGAUCGAAACCCGUGGCGUGAGACACAUUCCCGCUCAAAUAUAUCUGCAAGCUCAGCAAGAAAAUCCUGGUCUUGACCAUGCAGAAAUCCUGUGCCGUAGCUGCGCAACACUGCACGAGCACAUCAGAUUUUCUCUUGGACGAAGGCCGGAAGAUUGAGCAAACGGAAAUGCCGUUCGAACCCAGACUACCUAUCCUGCCUUCUGACUUCGGCCACAGCCUUCACAAUCAUGAGAGCAUCUCUUGAAUACAUCUAGCACCACCAUUGCACGACGACAAGGGCAUUACGUUAUCAUUGUGACUCUUGAGGUAGAAGGGAC